AUGCUACGCCCGCGCCUCGUGCUGCGGUUUGUUUUGUACCUAGCGAUCAGUUGGCUAGUCCUCGCCGCCCUAUACAUAGGCCUGCCUAGCUUUUCUCGAGAUGACGAUGGCACUGAAUACGCAACCAAUGUGCUGAAAAGUGGAGGAAAACUGACUCGUGUUUAUGAAGUUCGCGAAUAUUUCUCAAAGGAUGUUUCAAAUUUUAUAAACAACAAUGAGCCCCGAGAGUUUAUCGCUCUGACCUUCAGAAUAGACAAAGCGUCUAACGCGCUGGUCAUUUGUGGCACGACAAAGCAUGGCCUAACUAGAGCCCCGGAAACAGUGGGAAUAAACGAUGAAGGAAAUACUAGCAGAGGGUCUUUGUCUGUACCGGCGGGCGAUGUGGAUGGCGUUAGUUUGCCGUGGUUCGAAACCGCGGACGCAGUUAUGAUGUUUCAUUUUAUACAUCGUGACAAAGCGGUGGUCACAUUGGAUGUGGGUUACAGAGAAGGUGGACGAAUAUUGAAGGUGUGGCCAGCUGGGUCAUGGCAGGAUGAUGACAAACUUCUCUUUUCUUUAACCCUAAAUGAUGCGCCUGAGGGUGGUUCCAGCCGUGUCUUGACGGCCAGCGUGCCUCUUUUUCCCUUGUCACUCUCACCGAGUCCAACAUACCAGAUCCGACUCGUUCUUUUAAUAUUCCUUGCACCACUAACCAUUCUCUUCAUGGGUGCGUUCAUGGGCGCAAGCUUUGUGAUUUCUACAGUCCUCGGUCUCCUCCUUCGAUCCUCUGGGGUGAUUGCAUUUUUACUAUUGGUUCGUUGGGUCUACAAGGGCAGACCUUCAUUUAACGAAUUCGUGGAGGAGAUUGCCGGUGAUCUAAGGGGUCUUGCGAAGAGGGUGCAAACUUGGAGAAAUAGAGAGUCGUCGAGUGAAAGUAAAGAUGAAGAACAACCGUCUUUAAGGGACGAGGAUAGUCCCACAUUGGAUAGGAAAGAUGUAUCAUAG